UUCACUAAACAUGUCGCUGUUUUUUUAAACAUGGACCCUUUGAAAUUACGAUUUACAACGUCACAUCCAACUAGCGGUACAUACAAAACUGUAAUUAAAAGUACGACCACGCAAACACUGUCAGAAAUGCUUCAAACAACCUAUGUGCCUAAUUCAGCGAAGCUUUUGUAUUAUGAGACGCUUGACAUUAGUAUUAUUGAAUUAGAAACUAAAAAGUUUUUUAAAGUACAUUGGCUUUGGACAACUAUUAAGGAAGAGCAAGUGAUUGAUAUUUAUCUUCCAAAGUCUGCUAUAAUUAAUGAAGUUCUUAGAGUAAUUGUACAAAAACUAGCUUUGGCGAAACCUACUCAUAGAAUUAGAUUAUAUGAUGUCUUAUCUUGCAAAAUUCGUAAUGAAUAUAACAUUAAUGAUCCAAUAAGUAAAAUACAGGAACAGAUAACUUUAUACGCUGAGGAAAUACCACAAGAUGAAAUUGAACUAAGAGUUAAUGAUAAAAUUAUUCAAGCAUAUCAUUUUACUAAGAAGCCGUUACACGCACAUGGAAUUCCAUUUAAAUUUGUUCUUAAAGCUUUGCGCCUUCGAUUGCGCUUAGGAAUGAGCGAAAUAGAAUUCUCGAAAGUAAAAUUUGCAAUUAUACAAACAGUAUCAUAUGCCAAGCCUCAGUAUAUAGAAGAUAAUAAUAUUAUUUUAUCGGAUUAUGGAUUGACAGAUGAGUUGUUAGGUCUCGAUCAUAUAGCGAUGUAUAAUGGGGAAUA